AUGCCCAAGCGAGCUCGAUCCGCCAGCACUGCAACUCUCUCGAACGUGGGCACUUACGACGCUCUACUGCCUACUAAACGUCGCGCCUGCAGCACACCGCUUCGAAGCCCGCCAUUGCCCGCCGCCGAUGAACCGCGAGGGUGCGCGCUGCCCCUCACGCUCGACAACCUCACCCAACACACCCGUAGCUGCGAGUCACAGCCAGCACCGAGGGCGAAUUUGAUGACCAUCAUGCCCAUGUCACUACCACCCAUGCCAUCAUCGAACUACUCCGAAUGUGAGCCUGAGAAGAGGGAGAACAAGCCUCAGCGUGUCGACGACAAUGGUUUGAACGGGUGA